AUGGCACGUCAACUUGUGCUUGCACUGAUUUCUGUUGCCAUAAUUGGCAUGGCCAUGGCUAAUGAGGCCCCAUCUGCAUCCCCAAAAUCAUCUCCAUCACCAAAGGCUUCAUCUUCACCAAAAUCAGCCGAGUCUCCUCUAUCGUCUCCUCCUGCCCCUACCCCAUCAGAUGAGAGUGAUAUCUCAGCCGCACCUGCCCCGGCAAGCGACCCCAUCGAGCUCUAUGCUCCGGAACCUGAACCUUUCGAGGACCCCUUCACCACCCCGGAGGAGACUGACCCGGCCGAUGUGACCAGCGGUGCAUCCGCUCUUCAAUUCUCCGGCGCCGUCACCGCUGCCGCCAUUGCUGGCAUCUUUGCCUUCUAA